AUGAGUCCAACAUAUAACAUUACGGUAACUCAAAUUCGGGUCGGGACAACUAUAAUCAUUGGUGAUAUUACUGCUCUUUUUUAUUCCGGGAGCUCAUUUACGUACUUGGUUGACCCAACAUAUUCAAACCUUGCAGAGAAUUUCCAUUCUCAGGCACAAGAUAGGCGCCGUCCACCUGAUUCAAGGAUCCCUUUUGAAUACUGUUAUGAUAUGAGCCCUGAUGCAAAUGCCACUUUAAUACCCAGUAUGAGUUUAACGAUGAAAGGCGGACAUCACUUUCCUGUAUACGACCCAAUAAUCAUCAUUUCUACUCAGAGUAAACUUGUAUACUGCUUGGCUGUCAUCAAGAGUACGGAACUGAAUAUUAUUGGACAAAACUUUAUGACCGGUUACCAUGUGGUGUUCGACCGAGAAAGAUAUGUCUUGGGAUGGAAGAAGUUUGAUUGUAAGUGAUGCUUUUCCUGUAUGGUUUUUCAUUCGAGCGUGUUUACUUGCGAAACUCAAUGGCUUUUAUGCAGGUUUCGACGUUGAGGAUACUAAUAAAUCUGAAGUAGAAACGUAUGCUGCCUCUGAACCUCCUGCCGUUGCUGCCGGAAUCCAUAAUUAUUCAAACCCAGAGUCAAGUAAUAAAGAUGUCAAUAAUACCCAUUCCGGCAGUUCCGUUGGCUUGCGAUCUUGCCAUUUCCAUAUUUCUCUUCU